GCGAGCGCCCGGAGUGAGGCGUCCUCUCCUUAUGGGAGCGGAGGGGGGAGGUCGGGCGACCCUCCUCGGCGCUGGUGAUUACGGCCCAGCUAAUGAGGGCCACGAGUGAGCGGGGGUCCGUUAAACAGACAUCGAUCACCCUGUCAGACAGUGCCACACCCCGCACCGGCCGGGGCUCCGUGACGUCGAACGGAAGGCAUUAAAAGCUCCGACCGUCGGCGCUCCGUCAAUCUGCGGGCGGCGUUGGCGUGGGAGUGUGCUUGUGCCCGGGAGGAGUGUGCUUGUGCCCAGGGGGCGGCGGCUGCAGAAACAAAAGUAAAAAGCGCCGAUACAACUUGUUCAUUUCGUCUUUUGCGCGUUGAACAGGCGGCUGCUGUUUGUUUCUAUGGGCUCAGAACUUGUUAGUCUCCGGUUCCUGUAACGUCGCAGGCGGGCUAGUCUUUUGUUUCCCGUCUCGUCUAGUUGAUCGGUCGGUCCGCCGAAACUUUACGGUCCUCUGCUCGGGUCCACCGAGGCUCCCGAACCAGCAGUAAGAGAAGCACACUGGAGAUCGGGCUGCUCUAUGUUGCAUAUUUUGUUACAUAGACGCGGUAAACACGCGGUUUAAUAAUAAUAAGCACCACACCUUUGGAUUUUGAUUGCUGGCUCGCUUUUGUGAAUUAACUACGGAUCAGCAGCUGCAGAGGCCCGCCAUGGUGAACAGCCAGCUGCCCGGCGGCUCCCCCCCCAGGGCCUGCGCGGGCUGUGGGGGCCGCAUCGCUGACCGCUUCCUGCUCUUCUCCAUGGACCGAUACUGGCACACGCGCUGCCUCAAGUGCUCCUGCUGCCAGGCCCAGCUGGGAAAGAUCGGCAGCACCUGCUACAGCAAGGGCGGCAUGGUGCUCUGCCGGGACGACUACAUCAGGCUGUUUGGACACAGCGGGGCUUGCAGUGCCUGUGGCCAGUCCAUCCCUGCCAACGAGAUGGUGAUGCGGGCACAAGGAAACGUGUACCACCUUCAGUGCUUCACUUGCGCCACCUGCAGGAACCGGCUGGUGCCUGGCGAUCGCUUCCACUACGUCAACGGCACCAUCUUCUGCGAGCACGACCGCCCCGGUGGAGGGAGUGGAACCCUGCUCAGCGGCCACCUGCCCCCCCUGCAGGGCAACACAGUGCUGCCUGACCAGAAGGUGUGCUGAGGUGUCUGUCUGCAGCUGCGGUGUGCCUUUGCCCUCCUGCCUCUGACCCAUCAGUCAUCUUGCCAAGACUCCACUCUGGUGUUGCUGUUGUAUGCCCCCCCCCCUCCCCCCCCCCCACCCCAA